GGAGAAGUCGCCUCCAUGGUGCCUCCGGCGGUGCUGCUGCCGUGGGCGGUGCUGGCGCUCUUCGGGGCGGAGGGCGGCUGUGCCUCCGAGCAAGAAGAAAACCUGCUGGUCCUUACUGUUGCCACCAAGCAGACUGAGGGGUUCCAGCGCUUCAGAAGAUCAGCCCAGUUCUUCAGCUACAAAGUCCAGGUGCUGGGGUUGGAUGAGGAAUGGCAGGGUGGAGAUGACCAGAAGCCAGCAGGAGGUGGGCAGAAGGUUCGUCUCUUGAAGUCUGCUUUGAAGCAGUAUGCGGAUAAGGAAGACUUAAUCAUCCUUUUUGUAGAAAGCUAUGAUGUCCUCUUUGCUUCAGGCCCCACAGAACUGCUGAAGAAGUUCAAACAAGCCAAGAGCAAGGUGGUCUUCUCAGCAGAGAACUACAUCUAUCCCGACAGGAAGUUGGAAGCCAAGUACCCUCAGGUGCGAGAUGGAAAGCGCUUCCUGGGUUCUGGAGGCUUCAUAGGUUAUGCUCCAAAUCUGAAGAAGCUUGUGGAGGAGUGGAAAGGACAGGAUGAUGACAGUGACCAGCUCUUCUAUACAAAUAUCUUCUUGGAUCCAGAAAAAAGAGAAAGUAUCAACAUCAGUCUAGACCAAAGAAGCCGAAUCUUCCAAAACCUAAAUGGAGCAUUAGAUGAGGUAGUUCUGAAGUUUGAAAACUCAAGAGUGAGAGCAAGAAACUUAUUAUAUGACACUCUGCCUGUGGUGAUUCACGGCAAUGGACCCACAAAGCUGCAGCUGAACUACCUGGGAAACUACAUCCCUCAGAUAUGGACAUUUGAGACUGGCUGCACUGUGUGUGAUGAAGGUCUGCGAAGCCUCACAGGGUUUAAGGAUGAGGCAUUGCCCAUGAUUCUGAUUGGCAUUUUCAUCGAGCAGCCCACCCCAUUCCUCUCCCAGUUUUUCUUGCGGCUUCGUAACCUUCAUUACCCAAAGCAACGAAUCCAGCUCUUCAUUCACAACCACGAGGAACAUCACUUGAUGGAUGUGGACUCUUUUGUUGAAGAACAUGGCAAAGAAUAUCUUACUGUCAAAGUGGUUGGACCAGAUGAUGAGGUGGAGAAUGCUGAGGCACGUAACUUGGGAAUGGAUUUGUGCAGAAAGGAUCCUGCCUGUGAGUAUUACUUCAGCGUGGAUGCUGAGAUAGUUCUGAAGAACACAGAGACUCUGAGAAUCCUCAUUGAACAGAACAAGCUGGUGAUUGCCCCGCUGGUAAGCCGUCAUGAGAAGCUGUGGUCAAACUUCUGGGGAGCACUGAGCCCUGAUGGAUACUAUGCCCGCUCGGAAGAUUAUGUGGAUAUCGUUCAAAGGCGGAGGGUUGGGCUUUGGAACGUUCCCUACAUCAGCAGCGUUUACAUGGUUAAAGCCAAGGUUCUGCGAGCAGAGCUUGACCAGGCAGACCUGUUCCACAGUGGCAAGCUGGAUGCUGACAUGGCUUUCUGCCACAACGUUCGCAAUCAGGGAGUCUUUAUGUACCUUACAAACAGGCAUCAGUUUGGGCACAUACUGUCCCUGGAGAACUACCAGACAACUCAUCUCCACAAUGACCUCUGGCAAAUAUUCAGCAACCCUGAGGACUGGAGAGAAAAGUACAUCCAUGAAAACUACACAGCAGCUCUGAAAGGGAAAUUGGUAGAAAUGCCCUGCCCGGACGUUUACUGGUUCCCCAUAUUCACCGACACUGCCUGUGAUGAGCUGGUGGAAGAAAUGGAACAUUAUGGCCAAUGGUCCACAGGUGACAACACGGACAGCAGAAUACAGGGCGGAUAUGAGAACGUCCCAACUAUUGACAUACACAUGAACCAAAUUGACUUUGAAAGGGAGUGGUAUAAGUUUCUUCUGGACUACAUUGCACCCAUCACAGAGAAACUGUACCCAGGAUACUAUACCAAGACUCAGUUUGAGUUAGCUUUUGUAGUUCGCUACAAACCCGACGAGCAGCCCUCUUUAAUGCCCCAUCAUGAUGCAUCCACCUUUACCAUUAACAUCGCUUUGAACCGAGUUGGAAUAGACUAUGAGGGAGGAGGCUGCCGGUUCCUGCGCUACAAUUGCUCCAUUCGAGCUCCACGGAAAGGGUGGACCCUUAUGCAUCCAGGACGCCUGACCCACUAUCACGAAGGUCUUCCAACCACCAAAGGAACCCGUUAUAUUGCAGUGUCCUUUAUUGACCCCUAGAGCCCUGCUUCACGGGA